UAGCAAGCAAACAGAAGAACAAUGAGUCUAAUAGCAGGCUCCUACGAGAAAUUCAUAUGGGGUUUCAAACUCAAAACUUUAAAACACGAACCUUCUUCUCAAAACCUCACGCUAACCCCACUUUUCUCCUAUCAAUCUCACCUCGCUCACAUCACCUCCGCCGCCGCCGCCGGCCCCGCAGCCGCUUCUGGAUCUGCUGACGACACAAUACACCUCUAUGACCUCCCUUCUGCUUCCUCCCUCGGCUCCCUCCACCAACACACCUCCUCCGUCACCUCUGUCACCUUCUUCACCCCUCCUUCCCUCUCUUUCCCUCGUAACCUUCUCUCUGCCUCUGCUGAUGGCUCCGUUUGCAUUUUUGACACUGACCCUUUUGUCCACUUGAAGACUGUUUUGGUCCACAAGAAGGCCGUCAACGACCUCUCGGUGCACCCGUCUGGGAAGUUGGCGCUUACUGUCGGAAGAGAUGAGUGUUUGGCGAUGUUGAAUUUGGUGAGGGGGAGAAGAAGCUUUUAUUGUAGAUUGGGGAAGGAGGCCAGUUUGGUGAAGUUUGAUUUGGGUGGGGAGAAGUUUUUUAUGGUUACUGAGGAGAAAGUUGGGGUUCAUGAGGCUGAAGAUGCUAAAUUGUUGACUGAAUUUGAAUGUAAGAAACGGGUUCUUUCUGCUGCUCCUGGAGAGAAUGGACUUCUGUUCACUGGUGGUGAGGAUCGGAGUAUUACAGCAUGGGAUGUGAAUAGUGGGAAGGUUGCAUAUUGCAUUGAUGAUGCACAUUCUGCCCGUGUGAAAGGUAUUGUUGUGCUCAUGAGGAAUGACAGCACCGUGGAUGAUCCAUAUUUAUUGGCAUCUGCAUCAUCUGAUGGGGUUAUACGUGUUUGGGAUGUUCGCAUGUCCAUGAAAGAGAAGCCAAAUCCAUUGGCCGAGGCGAACACAAAAUCAAGGCUGACGUGUCUUGCUGGAUCAUCUCAUAAUCUAAAACGACCGCAGAUGGGAGCAAGCUGUUUAAAGGAAGAUCCCGAUGCAGCAGAGGGAGAAUGAUAACAUUAAUGAAAUGCAGAACAAAGAACAUGGUGCAUGCUAGUACAACCUAUAAUGUGUAGAAAUAGAGGACGAUGUGAGACAAGUUCUUGUCAGAAAUUAAUCAAGUUGGUAACAUUAUGCUGCUAGCAUUAAGGACAGCUGCCAAGGAUUUCUGCAUAUGCCCUUAGUAUUUGUCGGGAUCCAUAGACUGGCUAUUUCUUCA